AAUUCCAAGAUUUGGUUGGAGUAAGGAGUUCACGAACUCGUGUUUUCUGCAGUUAUUUUUACCCUAAAACUUUAAAUUAUUUAAAAAUGACAAAGAAACGAAAGUUCAACCCAAAGGCUACUGAGCCGCAAAAGCACGCACCAGUGGAAGUUAUCGUAGAAGAUGUUACUAACCACCCAAUGUGUCUUCACGGUCCCACACUGUUGUUUUCGUCGGAGAAGGGCCGAUAUUUCGCGUGCGCCUCAUGCAGGGACAAGAAGGAGUGUACGGUGCACAUCGAGGAGGAGGAGUGGAAGAAGGAAGGCGUCCGAAAACGCAAUGAGAAAUAUUACAACUUGAUUCCUAAGAUUGACAAAGCGGCGGCUUGGAGUAACUUAAAUGAGGUGAAAUCCCGUCAUCCUUCCGACCGUGCCUACUGCGAUACUUGCAAAGAACUGUAUCUACACUCGCAAAGCAAGAAGCACUUAAACCAUCGCGUCAUCACCCCGUUAACAGAUGAGCAGCUGCAGACCCCUUCGAGCUGGCUGCCGGCCCUGGAGAAUGACACGGUGGAAGCCCAGUAUAUAUUCACGAAGAAGUCGGUCAGCUGCGUUCUGGGGAUAUUGAGGAAUAAUAAUAUCAAAAACAUCCUCUGCAUCGGCACGCCAUCUAUCCACGAGGCAGCCCAAGCUCACCCGGACUUCAACUCGCUGCUACUCGACUACGACACUCGGCAACGACUCUUCCAUGCCCCCAGCAAGUACCUCUGGUACAAUAUGUUCAACAACUACCUUUUCAAUGGGAAUGAGGACGAGAAAGUGCUUAAGAAGUUCUUUAAGAGUUCCAAAGAUGGAGGCCUAUGCAUAGUAAUGGAUCCUCCCUUCGGCGGCCGCGUCGAGCCGCUCACACAAACACUGAAAGAACUGUCGGCCACAUACAACAAGUUGUGCGAUAAACAGUCCCCCUUGCCGGUCAUCUGGGCCUUCCCAUAUUUCUCAGAACCCUACAUAAGGAAUAUCAUGCCGGAGAUGAAAAUGCAUGAUUUUCAGGUUGAAUACGAAAACCACAAGAAAUUCAAGAACAAGGGCAAGAAGCUCGGCUCGCCAGUUCGUUUCUUCACCAACCUGCCACUCGCUACCAUCGACAUGUCCAACGAUUCCAACUAUAAGCUGUGUAACAAGUGCAAAUACUGGGUGCUGGCCAGCAAUAACCAUUGCAAUAAGUGUGGGGAGUGUACUAGCAAGAAUGGCAUGAGGUAUAAGCACUGCAACAAAUGCGAGCGUUGUGUGAAGCCAACGUACUCGCACUGCGAGACUUGCGGACGCUGCUGCCUUGAAGAACAUGUCUGCGGAGUAGUUGUGGAGUCACAGUCGUGUUACAACUGCCACGAGAAGGGACACAAGCAAUCUGCGUGCCCUCAGCUUCAAGAGGUGCCUCAAAAGAAGAAAAAAGGAAAAACGCUUAGUCAUUCCUGCAAUCAACAUUUGGGAGAAGCAUAUUUACAGUAGUAUAUGGGUAAUUGCUAGUAACUGACCAUCCUAUACUAAAAAUGAAUCCCUUUACCUAUAAGAAGAGUACAUUUCUAGACACAAUUUCUAUUACUUAUUUAAAAUUUGACCAGUAAAAAACGUCUAAAGUGGAAAUUUUAGUUCAAAGUGGCCAGUUAUUGGUAAUUUACCCUAUUCCUUCCCGCAAGUGAGCCGCAAGAAUGUAUGGUAACUAAAUAAAUAAUCAAAAUAUA